AAAUUUCAAUAAGUAUUAAAUAAUUUUAUAAACGAAUUUUAACGUAAAAAUUGUGAAUUCGAUAGUGAAAUAGAAUUGUAAAAAACAUUUGUUUAGACUCGUAACCUAGUUUAUGUCUCAUUUUUAACGUAUUUUUAAUAUUGCCAUUGGUAAAUAUGUCAGAUCAAGAACAAAAUCAAGGACAGGAGAUAUCGGCUCGUGAACUUGAGCGAAUCGAAGAAGCGAAAUUAAAAGCAAAGUAUCCUGGUGGUCCAACUGGAGCUGGUCGACCUGGUGGUCAUUCUAGUUUUUUACAAAAACGUUUAGCAAAAGGGCAAAAAUAUUUUGAUUCCGGUGAUUAUCAAAUGGCAAAACAGAAGAUGGGUGGCGCAAAUAAACAACCAUUGAAAAUUCCAUUACCAAUAAAUCCAUAUGCAACAGGGGAUGCCAUACCCACUCCGGAAACAGUGCCUGCUCGAAAGACGUCUAUCAUCCAACCGUCCAAAUUUAAUCCACAAGUCCAAUCUUGUACUACCACCCCAGCAGCUAGCUCUUCAUCAUAGGAUGUGCGUGUGCCACUGUAAUUUACCCGUAAAAAUUACAAAUCUAUUGAUGACACGUAUCCAGAUCCACCCUUCUUCCUACUCCCCCUCAAAUUACCACAAUUAUGUUUAUUUUGUAGAUUAUAUGAUUUUUUUCUGGCAUACGUGUCUCUAAUUCGUGUAUCGCAUAAUUUUUAUUUCAUUGUUUUAAUUUUUUCCAUUUAUUCUACAAAUAAUUAUUAUAGCAAAUAUAUUUGUUCAUUGUACAGAAUGUACCGGCAAUCGGAGAGAAAUUUUGUAUUUUUGAUCCAUUGAGCAAAGUGGAACGUUUUUAUGAGAUUCUUAUUUUCUCAUGUUAAAUUACAAUUUUCUAGAACAGGAGUGAUGAACCUUUAUGUAUCAAAGUGCCAUUUUUCCUAAGAAAUGAUUAAUCAGACCACAGACGUGUCGUCAAAUAAUUUUGACUUCGUGAUUAUUGUGAUUAUUUCCUACGCAAUAUGGAGAAAAAACCGCUAACGUGCAGAUUUAGUGCCGUCAGUCUUUUCGUCAAGACAUAGCGAUAUAAAAGAAGCGAAGUUAAUGCCAAUUUUUUUGUUGAUCUGUUUUUCCGGUCAGUUGUAUGAUUAUUUUAUAGAGGAGUAUUUCAUUUAUUAAACCAUAGACGAAGACUGUUUAUUUUUCUCUUCAUGCAAUUAUUUUCUGUUCCUCUGGGUCGCUUUUUUGACUAACGGAUUUGGGAUUUGUUUCAAAAUGCCGUUUUACUUACAGACGAUAUAAGAUCACUUGCGUUUGAUCGUAGUAUAAUACUUCAUAACUUUGUGAUCGAUGGCGUGUACAAAAUAUUGUGUCACGUGCCAUUUUUCGCCAUUCCUGGUAUAGAAGUUUUCGGAUCAUUUCUACAUUGUUGGGAAUUUGUCAAAAUAUCGCUAACCAAACGGUUGUUAUUCGAAUCUGAGAAGAUUUUUAUAUUUUCUGCAUAAUUCGAUCGUCAUCUUGUACGGUAUACCUGGGAAAUCUUGAACAUUUAGAUUCGUUAAAGAAUUAGUCAGAAAAGUGUUCUGCUUUAAUCAGGGAAAUUUCAUGAAACCACAUCGAUAAAACCUCUCCGCUUAAAACGCUACCAUUUUCAAACGAAACUACAUUGACUUUUGUUUAACUGAGCUUUUAGACAAGUCCAAACUUGCGGAAAUGAUGAUUUUAUGUUUGAAAAUCACGCUAUUAGGACAGAAUUGGGUUAAAAAAAAUAGGUAUGCUGGCUGUGACCGAAAAACAAAAUACCACAAUGAUUUUUAAGAAUCAAAACUUAGUAAUCUUUUGAUCGGAAAAAUAUGGGAGUUUUCUAGUCCAGAACAAAAAAUUUCUCUCGAUGGUCUUGUACAUUCUAUAAUAGUAGUAAUGCAUUUUCAUUUGGCUUAAUCAUCAUAAACGUUCCAAUCUAAAUCCUGAACUUAAAUUUUCUUGUAUUUGAAAUCAAAUUCCAAAUAGCAUGCGCAGAUUAUUUAAAAAUUCAGGAUUUAGAUCGGAACAUAUCUAAAUAUUAUUCAUAUAAUUCAAAAAACAGUUUUUUUUUAU